CAAGUUUGCGGUCGUGAUGUUUCGUAAGUUUUCAAACUUUUAACGUUUUUGUUUAUUAAUAUGCAACUGCCACUUUUUUUGGGGGGGGGGUAGAAAUAACGCGCCUUAUACGUUACAAAUCAAAAUGUUUAUCAGUUGCUCGUUUUCCAGAUUUCUUGAGUGCUAUUUUGAAUAAGCGUAAUAAAAUGGCAAUAACUGGUUAUUUUAUAGAGAUAAGUUGGAAAACUACAUUUCUCAUAUAAGUUAGUAUCAUGCUCAACUUAUAUUGGUUCGCACACUGAACUAUACAUAUGGUGGACGAUUAAUAAAAUGUGGGAACAAUAUUUAGUUAUAGUUAUGUGAAUUGGUGAUCUAGAGAUCAAUUGACCACUCAUUUUAGCAAUCUUUUAGAAUGUAAGUAGCAGACAUAGUAGCGUGAAGCGAAUUCAUCAGAUUUCAUGUGCUCUCAGUCUGUUGCAUAUACAAUAAUCUAAUAAAAAAGAUGUAGUUUUACCGAUCUAUUUUCUGAGGGAGUUCAGUACUAUACCCUUAAAAUCGUAAGUACUUUCCACAGCUAUCACUUCGUCAGUUGAUUUGAUUCUAUCUACAUGAAUCCAAUUCAUGUAUAUAAAUAAUAAGUGCAUUUCCAGAAGGUUUAAAGCAUAUAAAUUGGAAUAGAUUCCAUUCAUCUCACAACAGAUAACGUUCUUGGUUUGAUUUCAACAGAAUUUAGGAAAGAUCAAUAGAUUCUUACAGCUUCCCAAUUAGUAGAUUAUACUAAAGUAAUAAUGAACUAAAGAACGUAAGUGUAGAUUAACGAAACAACGAAAUAUUAAUUGCAUUAGUUAGUUAUACAUAAUGUAGAACAUAGGACUUAUGUAAAUCGGUUCAGGUUGUCAUACCUCAGCCCAGUGAAAUAAAAAUGUCAGGGCAAAUCUCAUUAUUAGAGUUAGUAACAGUAUUGAUGGGGAUAGAAAAGAUAGGGAUAGAAGGUAAUACAAAUAAAUUAUUGAAAUAAGAAAAAUAGUAAUCCUGAUAACGGGCAGAUAACAAAAUGCGAAACAUUCAGUAGUGAUCGACAAAAUUGGAUGCUUGUAGAUGUAGAUGUCAAAACAAACUCUGCCACUAGCGGAAUUGUUGCAAAGAAAGAUACCAAGAAUGUAUUUUCAGGUUAAGUGAUUACAGUGAUAAUUUGAAAACUAAGGAGCAAUUUAGUUGUCCUGUAAUUAUUCUCCAACUUCCCACUGGUCAUUCUUUUUUAUCUACUUUUGUUAUAAGUAUGCUUUCAGUGAAGUAAUAUUUGUCUGAAGACCCUCUGAUGGUGUGAGGAUGAUACUAACUAAUUCAAUCUUAGUGCAUGAAAUAACAAUACAAGAUUGGUUGCAAUAUUGACCAUAUAAAUGUUACUUCGAAACUGGUUUUCUUCAGUGCCUAGUGUAUCUUUAAGGGGAAGGUUGACUAUAAUUUGUAUGUUUCUAAACACACAGUCACUUUUUUUGUGUCUUUUGUGGUUAGAAUGUUGCUCUCUUCCCCGAUUAAUCCAAAACAUCUUAUUGCAGUCAUAUAAUUGGUUAUUUAUACAUUCCAAGGGUUAAUUAACUUACAGUGGAGAGGGCAUGUUUUAAUUAUUACCUGGAUAAUAUGAAAAGUAGCUAUAAAAAGCACCAAGCGUUUCAAGGAUGUCUUUCUCAACUGAUUUUUUAAGUUGAACAUCAUGCAUCGUAGCGUAAUUGAAUCAAUUCGAAGCUGAACUCAUUUUGUGUAAACUGAUCCAGUUUUUUUGUUACUUCGUAGAUAUUUUACAUAAAAUACCAUUUCAAAGGCAAAAUGUAAUUUAUGCGAAAAGUAUAUGCUUAAUCGUUUUAGUGCCUUAUUUUCUGGUGUGUAUCAUUCUUAUUAGUCUAUCCUUAAGUGUUUUGUUCAUCUAACCUUAAAUGUAUUGGAAUAUGUUUAUGAAUUUAGUGCGGUACAUUUGCAUACAUUCCUUUACUUGUAUAUGUGUGGAUUAUUUGUGAUGUGGUAAACCAUAUCUGUUCUUCUUUGAUUUGGAAAGUUGUCUCAGACUGGGGCCAGCUUUAGUUGUUACAGGGUGCCCGACACCUCAGGUCUGUGUGGCAUCGUGUCCAGAAUAUUACUGGUCUUGGAAAACUCCUUUUGAUAAAAAAUCUGAGGAGUUUAAUGUCAGAAGUUUAAUGAUAUGUCUGGGGGGUGUAAAUGCGAAUGACCCUAAAUUUGCCAACCAGAGUAUUGAACAGUUAGUACAAGACAAACAAUGUGCCCCAUAUAUAUAUCACUCCAAAUCAAUGCUUGGUCGGUGCAUCCCAAGUCAAGUAUCUCGGUUAAUCGGAAAUGGAACUGGUCAAGUUCGUGAUGAAACUGGUAAACGUAUACUUUUAAAGAAUGCUAAAGAUCAAGAGGUGAAUGGUACGGAAGUAGCGAAAAGUCGAAAAUUGGUGUUGGGAUUUACUACAAUCUUUGAAAAAGUUGUUGCUGAUCUAAGUCAAACCUGGCAUAUUAUAUUGAUAUGUAUUUCAGUAUCUGUGGUUUUGUCAUUCUGUUGGAUCGUUUUAUUACGAUGCUGUACAUCAGUUAUGGUUUGGACUACAUUAAUUCUAUUUGUUGCCCUGUUUUCUUUCGGUACUGUGUUUUGUUUUUAUAGAUGGAGUGUAUUGCGUAAGACACCUGAGGGUUCUAAUGAUCUUGAAUUCUCUUUAAAUAUUGUUUCGUAUUUCCGUUCUGCAUCAACAUGGCUUGCAUUAGGAAUUAUUUUUGCUAUUCUACUGGUGAUCAUACUUCUAAUAUUAAUAUUUUUGCGCAAGCGUAUUCGUGUGGCUAUUGCAAUAUUAAAUGAAACAAGCAAAGCAGUUUCAGCUAUGACAUCUGUAUUGUUUUGGCCAAUACUACCGUUUAUUCUUGAAUUGAUUGUUAUUUCUCAAGUUUUAUUUGUGGCUAUUUCAUUGCGGACAAUAGCUGAUCCUAUUGGAACUAAAAUUACCAAUGAUGAUCUUGCCGUAACCCCGGGAUUUGCAGAUAAGACUAGAAAUGAUAUAAAAGGGAUUUUUCAACUUAUUCCAUGUGAUCCUUUACAAAACAAUUCAGCUGGCAAAGCUUGUCGUUUUCUGUAUUAUGGAGACCGAAAAUAUACUAUCUACCUACAAUUAUUCAAUUUGUUCAUGUUCUUUUGGUUAAUCAAUUUUGUCAAAUCCUUAACACAAAUGACUUUAGCAGGAACAUUUGCUGAAUACUACUUUUCAUCUCAAGAUAAAAAAUCUACGUCAAAGUGUCCAUUAAUAACCAGUUUAUUUCGAUCAACCUUUUAUCAUACUGGUUCAUUAGCAUUUGGAUCAUUUCUAAUUGCUUUAUUACAAUGGCUACGUGUUAUAAUAGAAUAUAUCAAUACAAAAUUGAAGAAAGCUAAUAAUCCUGUUACAAAUUUUCUUUCAAAAUGUUUAAGUUGUUGUUUUUGGCUACUUGAGAAAUUUCUAAAAUUUCUUAAUAGAAAUGCUUUUAUUAUGGUUGCUAUCUAUGGUCAAAGCUUUUGUUCUGCCUCUCGUUCAGCAUUGUCUUUACUCGCGCGCAAUGUAGUCAGACUUUUUGUGGUCGAUAAAGUGACUGAUUUCAUUCUAUUUAUUGGAAAACUUGUUGUUGUCGGUAUUGUUGGUGGUGUGGCUUAUGUCUAUUUGGAAGGUAUGUUGUUCAAAGGGAAUGAAGCUCUAAAUGAUGCGUUGCAUUCUCAUCUUCAUUAUUCAUUCGUGCCAUUAGGUAUUAUCAUACUUUCCUCUUACCUUGUGGCGUCAUUAUUUUCAAGUGUUUUUGAAAUGGGUGUUGAUACAAUAUUUCUUUGCUUUUUAGAAGAUUUGGAAAAAAAUGACGGAUCUGCUGAAAGACCAUACUAUAUGAGCAAAAAUCUUAUGGAUAUUUUAGGAAAACGAAAUGCACGGUCGUAAGGCUCAAAUAUCGCAAUCGAGCAUUAAGUGUCUCUGAACAAACUAUUUAAUAUUAUUUUCAAUGUGCCUUCGUUACGCGCCAUAGAUUUUUCACUUCUGCACAAAAUAUUAGUGAAAAAAUUCAUUUGAAAUCAAAAUGCACUUUCUGGAAUUAUAAACAGAAAUACAAUCAUAUUUCAUUUGCAUUUUUUUCUCAAACACCUUGACUGGCUUUAUCACAGUUUCUUCAAUAAUAUUCACUCACCGCUUUAUUUGUCUAGGUACUAGAAUAUUGUUUCCUCUUUGUCUUUCUUCCUAAUAACUCAUAUUGUUACGUAUUUCGCUUAAAAUUUGUUACGCAAGUUUUUCGUUUUUUAUCUGAAAAUAAAUAUUUACUUUACUG